UUCCCAUCUCUUUAGUCUGAACUUGUCUUAAGCAUUAUUUAACACUUCCUUUCGCACCCACUUCUAUUCUCUCUUUCAUCAAUCCCUUGCAAAGCUUCCCCUGUUUUCAUUUAUACUCUUCUUAAAAAAUUUAAUACCCAGUUAGUGUUUUUAUCAUAUCUUUGGUAUUUUGUUUGAUUUUGAAGUAAACUCGUGUUUAAAAAUGGAGAACAAUCAGCAAUCAUUUUGGCAGUUCAGUGAUCAGCUAAGGGUGCAUAAUUCAAAUUUAGCAAAUUUAUCACUCAAUGAUUCAAUAUGGAGCAAUAGUAAUAAUCUAUCAAAAAGGCCAGACGAAAGAAGAAAUUUUGAUGUAAGAGUUGGUGGUGAAGCUAUCAAUAACACCAAUUCUUUUCCCAAGCCAAAAAAUUCUGAUCUGAAUGGAUUCAGUAAUGAUGAUUGGAAGUUAAAGUCAGGUAAUUCUGUUGCUUCUCCUGGUUUUAAUAUUAACAGCAACAACAAUAAUAUUAAUACUUGGAAGACAGGAUCUUCUGAUCUGAAUGGAUUCAACAGUAGUUGGAAAAUGGGAUCUGGUCCGAAAAGUUAUGAUCUUGGUCCUAUAAGUCAAGUUCUUGGUGGUGUUGGAUCUCCAAAAAAUGUUACCCUUAAUGGUGGGUUUAAUAAGGGGAUUUAUCCAUCAAAGGGUAAUUAUAAUGUUAACAAUAAUCUUAAUGUUAAUGUUAAGGGUUAUAAGAACAAAGGUGAAGAUGAAGUUGGAGUUAAACCUAGCAAUAAGAAGAACGGUAAUAAAAAGUUUAGUGGUGAUAAUAAUGAUGGUAAGGAUACUAAGAGUGGUGGUGAUAAGAGGUUUAAGACACUGCCACCAACUGAAGCUCUUCCGAGAAAUGAAACUGUUGGUGGGUAUAUCUUUGUUUGUAAUAAUGAUACCAUGCAAGAGAAUCUCAAGAGGCAGCUUUUUGGUUUGCCUCCUCGUUACAGAGAUUCAGUGAGGGCUAUUACUCCAGGGCUGCCUCUUUUCCUCUACAACUACUCAACUCAUCAACUCCAUGGAGUCUUUGAGGCUGCAAGCUUUGGAGGAACAAACAUUGAUCCUGCUGCCUGGGAAGAUAAGAAAUGCCAUGGAGAAUCUCGAUUUCCUGCUCAGGUUAGAGUUGUUACAAGGAAAAUUUGUGAACCCCUGGAAGAGGACUCUUUCAGGCCAAUUCUUCACCACUAUGAUGGCCCUAAAUUCAGACUUGAACUCAACAUCCCUGAGGCUCUGUCUCUCCUGGACAUAUUUGAAGAGCAGAACGCUUGAACAAUUGGAUAUACAGAUAAUCAUAGAGAUACACAUACAAGGUGAAGAGAAGAGUUUGAUACAGAAUAAAAAAAAUGAAAAAGAGUUAUUUAGAUUUUAAUAUAUUGAAAAGUUGAACAAGAGCUGAGGAUAUAAUUUUCCAGCCUAAUGUAAUGUAUAUUUUUGUUUGUAUCAAUGGCUGUUUUUGCUCUCUGGUUUGGCAUAUAAAUAAGCAAAAUUAUGCUAAAGAUGAACUUUUUAUGUAAGUUAUAUAUAUAGGACUUGAUGUAUACCUAAGGUGUGCUUUUUGCA